AUGGAGAACAUUCCCAACCACACCAUCUACCGUCCGAUUCCCGUUUACGGCGUCCCACCGAUUGGAAGGACUCCGCAGGGGAUGGCGAGCACGAUCGUUGUAAUUGAACGACACGAGGCAUCGGCAUUUAUGCCAUACUGUGCUCGUACUUUUCCUCUUCAUGCCCCUCAGGUUGCCGCUUCUCCGAAAGCUUGCAGUUUCGGACCACUCAAGUUCCGAACCCAGAAGGAACUUCAUGCUUACCGGUUGGAUAGAACGGCGUUUUUCAAGACCUUCGCAGUUCUGGAGCCAGUGGACCCAAUGUCUCCAGAAUACCAGGAUCGACUGGGGAGGCCAAGAAAAACGCCGCUUCUUCUUCUAUCUACCAAGAUGAUAAAAUCUGUUCAUCAAAAGUUAUGUUUGCUUCAGUCAACUCCAGUUUCCUGUACGACGCCAUGGAUGGUCAGCCACAGCUUACCUCCGAGUCCUCCUGGCCAACAGUCUACUCCGCAGACUAGAUAUUUUUAUCCAGUUGUGCAGACUCUUUUAUGGAGCUUAUCCAUUACCAGGUGGAGCCUAGACAAGUGGACUUUUCAACCCAAUACCAAGGACAGUGUUAUUUGGAGCCGAUUCUGUGUCAAGUGGAGCAACAGCCAGUAG